CUUUUUCCCUUCUCUGAAUUACAAGCCCAAGUGAAGUCCUUUGGAUUCCUUCUUUGUGGGCCACAGUGUAGCUGGGGACGAAUGGUGAUCCGUCAUUUUAUUUUUUCUAUCUACAGAACGGUUUAAGGGUUUUGAUUCUUGAGUUUUUAGCAGACGUACCUUUUUCUUCUUGACAACUGGCUGAAGUACGUUCCUUUAAGAUCCUCCUACACGAAGUUACCAGGAGAAGCAGAAUAAAACCAAAUGUACCUGUCCUGUCAACGUAAAUAACAUUCAAGUUAAGCCAAAGCAACUUUCUUGCUCUGCAUUAUUUAGGUGACACAGUACAUCAUUACAAAUCAUUAAAGACCACUGUUUUAUUAUGGAACAACUCAGCACUAGAAAUCCAGAGCAAAGGACUAAAAAACACCCAUCCUAACUUUCAUAGAACUCCACCAGAAUGACCAGCAAUCACUCAGAGUGCCAUUACUGCCUGCAGUCUCUCCGUGGAAGGAAAUAUGCAUUAAGGGAAGAAAAUGCUUAUUGUGUUAGAUGCUAUGACAGCCUAUUUGCCAACCCCUGUGAGGAGUGCAAGCAACCUAUUGAAUGCGAUUCCAAGGAUCUGGCUUACAAAGGCCGCCACUGGCAUGAGAGGUGCUUCAAGUGCACCAAAUGCAGCCGCUCUCUGGUAGAGAAACCAUUUGCUGCCAAGGAUGAGCUCUUGCUCUGUACUGAAUGCUACUCCAAUGAGUAUUCAUCAAAGUGUUUCCACUGCCAGAAGACCAUUAUGCCUGGUUCCCGUAAAAUGGAAUUUAAGGGCAGUUCCUGGCAUGAAUCCUGUUUUGUUUGUCAGUAUUGCCAGCAACCACUGGGAACAAAACCACUGAUCACCAAAGACAAUGAGAAUUACUGCGUACCCUGUUUUGAGAAACAAUUUGCUCAUCAUUGCUACUCUUGCAAAAAGGUAAUAACUUCUGGGGGAGUGGCCUACCACGACCAGCCUUGGCAUAGAGAGUGUUUUGUGUGUGCUGGGUGUAAAAUUCAGCUGUCUGGGCAAAGGUUUGUUUCCAGAGAUGAGUAUCCAUACUGUGUAGACUGUUUCAGCAAGUUUUAUGCUAAGAAGUGUGCUGCUUGCAAGAAACCUAUUACAGCUCUUGGAGGUGCCAAAUUUGUCUCAUUUGAAGAGCGUCAGUGGCAUGAAGAAUGCUUUAAGUGUGCAAGAUGCUCAGCCUCACUGGUGGGCCAAGGAUUCCUCACCAAGCAGGAUGUGGUCCUUUGCCAUGAAUGUGGUUCUUUGUAGUUCUGUGGAGAGCUAUGAAGAUGCAUUAUUCUCACUGUAUAACCAUGUAUUUUGUUACUCUGCAGUAAGAAAAUCAUCUAAAAGGUGUAUCGCUUAUUUAGUAAUUCAAGUGACUUUCCAACAGCAGUUUAAUUCCAUCACAGUUCUGAACUGCUUGUUAUAAAAACAAAUAAAUAAUCAGCCACACAUUGCCUCAGAAAACAGUGCAGAAAAGAUUAGUAUAUAUUUCAGAUGGAACUGCAGUAUGUUUCUCUUUGUAACACACUGCACUCUGCUGUUAGAAACUUUACCUUUCAUUUCCCAUGAACCAAGGAGAUGUAUAGAAAAUCUAUGUAACAUAUGUCUACUUAUGAGGCAUUAGCAUUGCAAGUGAGGAGAAGGUACAUGUACACAAAGAGACACCAAGUCAGGGAAAUCCAUUCCAGGGCCAGAGAAAGGGAUAAAAGGUCUUUUUCCUCUCUUUAUUGAUAUUGUUGAGAGUUCUCAUCAGAAAAAUAGAAUUUCCAAUAACUUUAUUCAUCCAAAAAACUAAACGAUAGGUCCUUUCCCACAAGUGGUUAAUUGCACUUUAUUUUUCAGGCAUAAAUGUUUUAGAACACAAACAAACCCUUUUUAAUUUUUUUUUAACCUACUGUAAGAGGUACCAAUUGCCUGAGGUUGGACAGUGGUAAUGUAUAGUUUCCAGUAUCAAAAAUGAUUUAAAACUCUGUCUCCAUUAUCUUCUCUAGGUCUUCAAGUGCACUCUUAAAAUAUAGUUUCUCUUAUUUGAGGCAAGAGCCAACACACUGUUGUUCCUUUAAACUUACAUUUUUCCUCCCUUCAACAGUCAUUUGCCAGCAAUUAAAAUACUGACAAUGGCUUUACCAUUUCUGCACUGCAGUCUUUUAUUCACAGUCUACUCCUUUUCUUGUAAAUGUCUGCUGUCUGUAGCAGGCUAUCAGCUGUUCAGAGCCAAUACCCAUUCAUUCUGCCAUGUGCCAACAUGCAUUUGCCAAUAUUAUGUCAAGAAUUUGUAACAUUGCCAUCUCAAGGUAGGCAGUGCACACAUGUAGUACAAAGCAUUAGUUUCUCUUUCCUCAGCUCAAGCUAUAUGCACACUGUAUGUUACAAUGGCCUGACUCAUGCUGCAGUACCUCUCCCAGGCCGUGGUGUAUGGUACCAUGGUUCUGAGCCUAUUAGAAGUGCUUUAUUCCUCAUCUCAUUAUUCUCUGUCUGAAAAUCAUUCUCUCGACUCUGAUGUUGAAUGCUUACAGUUAUUUGGCUGACUUGAGAGUGCUUUAUUCAUACUGAAUUAUGUAGAUGCUGCUUCAGGUAGAAAAAAAUAGAAAAAAAGUACUUGUAAGCAUAGGUAGGGCAGAGUUGUAUAGCAGUGGCAUAAAAUCAACAGGUGCAUAGCAAUCUGUUUCCCAAUCAAUAAAGUAUUAAUCUUCUGCUA